UCAUUCUGUCCUGCGUCAUCCGGGAUUGACCGCUACUCAAACUCUGCCUCUUACAACACUUCCUUUUAAUUAAUCGAAUGCAUCUUCACGUCUCACCGUCACACAUACAUACAGACAGCCAUGCCUUAUGGGAGCUAGCUGCACGGUAACGCUGCCAACAAACCGAACCAUCUUUCAACAGGCGGAGGCGGACACUAUUGCGUUUCAUAGCAGACGAUUUUUAACACCAAUUUGAGGAACAGACACUGGUUAUUAGAGCAGUGGUGUGCAACAGCGUGACCCCAUUCACAUUUAUUCAUUAGUGGCAACAAAAAGGUAGCCAUGCCCCCACCAGCUGACAUCGUGAAGGUGGCUAUUGAAUGGCCGGGUGCAAAUGCUCAACUUAUAGAGAUGGACCAGAAACGACCUUUGACCUCAAUCAUCCGUGAAGUCUGUGAUGGAUGGUCUUUGUCAGGCUCCGAACAGUUUGCUCUGCGCUAUGCUGAUGGUCCCCAGCUUUAUAUCACAGAACAGAGUCGCAGUGAAAUCAAGAACGGGACCAUCCUUCGAUUAGCCAUUUCGCCCGGCCGGGCUGCUCGUCAGCUCCUGGAGCGUAUCCAAUCCCAUGGGAUUGACGCUCGCUUAGAAGCUCUGAAGGAGCUGGCCAAGCUGUCAGCAGACACCACGUUUGCCGCAGAGUUUAUCAAUAUGGAGGGCAUUGGGACGUUGGCCCGCCUCGUCGAGAGUGGCACCCACUUCGGCGAAAUGCUGGCAUUCACCCUCACCGCAUUCCUGGAAUUAAUGGAUCACGGCAUUGUAUCCUGGGAUCUUAUCUCACUCUCCUUCAUCAAGCAGAUUGCAGGCUAUGUGAACCAGCCUAUGGUGGACGUGUCCAUUCUGCAGCGCUCUCUGGCCAUCCUGGAGAGUAUGGUACUCAACAGCCACAGCCUCUACCACCGAGUGGCUCAGGAGAUCACCGUGGGACAGCUCAUCGGGCACCUGCAAGUGUCAAACCAAGAGAUUCAGACUUAUGCAAUUGCCCUCAUCAAUGCUCUUUUCCUGAAAGCACCCGAGGACAGACGGCAGGAGGUGUACACUAACCCGCUGGAGCAGCACCUCACUGAAAUGGCCAGCACCUUGGCGCAGAAGCACUUGCGCUCCAUUAUUCUGAAUCAUGUCAUAAGAGGAAAUCGACCAAUCAAAGCAGAAAUGGCACAUCAGCUGUAUGUUCUGCAGGUGUUGACCUUUAAUCUUUUGGAGGAACGAAUGAUGACCAAAAUGGAUCCUAAUGACCAGACUCAACGAGAUGUCAUUUUCGAGCUGCGGAGGAUUGCAUUUGAUGGAGAAAAUGACCCCACUGGCACAGAAAAACGAAAGACGUUGUAUGCUAAAGAUUAUAAAAUGCUAGGUUUUACGAACCAUGUGAACCCUGCUAUGGACUUCACACAGACUCCACCCGGGAUGCUAGCUCUGGACAACAUGCUGUACCUGGCCAAGGUCCAUCAGGACACAUACAUCCGUAUUGUCUUGGAAAACAGUAGUCGCGAGGAUAAGCAUGAAUGUCCCUUUGGCCGGUGUGCCAUCGACCUCACUCGAAUACUUUGUGAGAUACUCCAAGUUGGAGAGUUGCCUAAUGAGGGCUGCAAUGACUACCACCCCAUGUUCUUCACUCAUGACCGAGCAUGGGAAGAAUUCUUCUGCAUCUGCAUCCAGCUGCUCAAUAAAACCUGGAAGGAGAUGAGGGCCACCUCCGAGGACUUUAAUAAGGUGAUGCAGGUGGUCCGAGAGCAGAUCACCAGAGCUCUGGCCAUGAAGCCAUCGUCUUUGGACCAGCUGAAGAACAAGCUGCGAGGUCUCAACUACUCCGAGAUACUGCGACUACGACAGUCCGAGAGAAUGAGCCAGGAUGACUUUCAGUCCCCGCCCAUCAUUGAGCUUCGCGAGAGAAUCCAGCCUGAGAUUCUGGAGCUCAUUAAACAACAACGACUCAAUCGGCUGUGCGAGGGCAGCUGUUUCCGAAAAGUGGGGAACCGCCGAAGGCAAGAGAAAUUUUGGUUCUGCAGACUUUCUCUUAAUCACAAAGUGCUGCACUACGGGGACUUGGAUGAAUCACCUCAGGGUGAAGUGCCUUUUGAGAUGCUUAGUGACAAAAUCCCCGUCUCUGACAUCAAGUCCGUGGUGACUGGGAAGGACUGCCCUCACAUGAAGGAGAAAAGUGCUCUGAAACAAAACAAGGAGGUGCUGGAGUUGGCUUUCUCGGUCCUUUACGAUCCGGAUGAGACGCUCAACUUUGUUGCGCCCAACAAAUAUGAGUAUUGCAUCUGGACGGACGGCUUGUGUGCGCUGCUGGGCAGAGAGAUGAGCAGUGACCUGACACGCAGUGACCUGGACACGCUUAUCAGCAUGGAGAUGAAGCUCCGCCUCCUGGACCUUGAGAACAUCACAAUCCCAGAAGCUCCACCCCCUGUUCCAAAGGAGCCAAGCUCUUAUAAUUUCACUUACAACUACAGUUGAGGUGUGUUGAUUAUAAAGCAUAUCAGCAAAGGUCAAGAAUGUGCAUACUAUCUAUUUUGACCAAUAUUGCGGUGUGCGAUUCAGGAAAAAGUGACAGUAGAACCUCCAUAGGCGAAGUCGUCCUAAUUUAAAACUCAAAAAUAUUACAUAAUAGUAACGGGGUCCACGGACAUAUUAAGUCACCUCACAUUAAAUGAGGUCGGCACCUUUUUACAUUUUCUGUCUGCACACCAGCCAGCAGGGAGAGUGACAAUGCUCCGGUCAUGCACGGAUCGCUGCUUCCUUCUCUGCAAAGAAAUGUCUCCAUGCGAGAUGUGAGUGUGCCACAUUUGAAGGAAUGCGAGGAGCACUGUGAUUGGCCGAGUCAGCUGUGUUCACGGCGACAACGUUGUAAACUGCCCCUUUUUUUUUUUUUUUUUUAAAUAUGCCGCCUUGUCAAACACCUCUUGGGGUGGUAAUGAAAAUAGAGCCCUUGGGGUUCAUUCUCGAAAUGCUCACUGAUCUGAAGUCAAAUAUUUGGGAACUAAACCUCCCACCUCCCGUUUUGACUUCUGAGGAAUAUUAUUUCAAGAUGAUUCAGCAACUUUAGCGGCGUUCAACUAUGGGGGCUCCACUGUACUAAUAUAUUUUACUUUUUUUUUUUGUGAUUGUAUUAAUCUCAUACCUCAUCCGAAUCUUGUGCGUGUACACAUGCAUUGUUGUGUGUUUACGGUUUUAUCAAUUCGGAAUUAUUUCCAAAUACUGGUAGACAAAACUAUGAAUGAUCAUAACUUCUUUAGCAUAUUCAAAGUAUUGGCAACAACAAACUCUUCCCACUCCCAAGUAAAGAAAGAAUAAAUGUUUUUAAACACCGCGACGUGCAAUAAUAUGCUUUAUUCAUUCAGCUCCAGCCCACCUCAUCUAACGUGAGCCGAAAUUUGGACACAGAACCUCAAAGUUGUAAGAGCUGUGCUAACCACAAUACUGUAAUAUAGUUGGAGGAAAAUGUUAAAACUUAUUUUAUGUAUGUUUUAAGUAGUAAUGCAUCCAUCAUCAGUCAGAAGAAUUUCUAUCAUGUUUAAAAAAACUAAGAAUGUAAUAUAUACUGUGCUAUAUCAGGUUUUAUUUUUUACUGUGCUAAUCAGGUUUUAUUUUUUUUUUUUCCCUCCAUAGCUUUGCACUGUACUAAAACUAUGGUUACAAUUGUGGCAAUGAUCAGAAUUUGUUUUUUUUUUAUAUAUAUUUUGAGAAUGUCUCUGAAGAAACCAUUGCCGUAUUGUAUAUUGAAUGAUUGUAGACGUUUUUGUCAUUUUGGUUAUUGUACCAAAUUAGCACACUUUUGUUGUUUUAAAACAGUGGCCAUGGUAUCAAGCCUGAAGUGUUAUUGUUUAAAAAUGUUUUUUUCAUCAUGUCAAUGUUGAAUCUAGUACAAACCAUGUCAAUGAUGUCAUUUGCUAAUGCAGAAUAGAAUUAUAUUUUUGUAAAUGAUUGUACACUGUGAGGAGAAUGAUAUUGAAAUAACAUCAUCAUUUUGUAUAAUCCUUUUUUUAGCAUGCAAUUUAUGUUUGAAGUAUUUUUUUGUGCUGCAUUGACUGCAAUGCUACCAAAUCAUGUUUUUAAAGCUCAUAUUGGCUUUUUGUAAACAUUUUUCUUUAGUAUUAGGCACUUUAUCAGACAAUGAUGAUGUCAUAGUAAUGUGUCUUGUAUGGUUAAAGAGUAUUGCAAAUCCCUGUACUAUUGAUGCUAUUUGUGGAAAGAUGUGUCUGUUUUUAACUACUAAUGGAUGUUGUAAUAGUUUCAUAUUUUUUAUGGAAAAGAUGCUGCUAUUACAGAAUUCCAGCUGAAUUUAGCAUACAGCAUUAACCUCAAUGACUGAAGUGCUUUUGCAUUAGAUAUGCUGACAGUAUGAUUUUGCAUCUGGUACUUUUCUCCAUUUGAUUGUAACCGUAUUGAAUGGUAUGUUGUUGAUUUAUAAAUACAACAGCAAAAAAAAAAACUAGUCUAAAUAUGGUAUACAUUUAUAGUAACUGUGUAUACAGUAUAUAGUAUUGUGUUGACUUAAUUGGACAAAAUGUACUGUAUAAUGUUCGGUGUCAAUAAAUACAAAGUAACCAAAGUAUUUCUCUGGACCU